AUGGAGGCCUUCCUCGUUGCCCAGGAGGAGCAACGGGCCGGGCAGAGGAAUGGAGAUGGUCGUGGAGAUCUGCAGGCGAUGCGGCUGCUUGCCAUUCGACAGGCCGAGGAGGAAGGUCGCCGUCUGCGGCGUAUUCUCCGGGAGCGACAGCUGAUGGUGGAGGACCAACGCCGUCAGCUGCGACAGGCGCUAGAGGAGCGACGAGCCGAGGAGGAGGAGCAGCGCCGUCGACUGCUGCUGCGAGAAACGGAAGCGGAAGCGGAAGCCGAAGAGCGACGACGCCGGACUGAACAAGAGGAAGAGGAGGAGGAGGGGCACCACGAGGGCNCCGAGGAGGAAGGUCGCCGUCUGCGGCGUAUUCUCCGGGAGCGACAGCUGAUGGUGGAGGACCAACGCCGUCAGCUGCGACAGGCGCUAGAGGAGCGACGAGCCGAGGAGGAGGAGCAGCGCCGUCGACUGCUGCUGCGAGAAGCGGAAGCGGAAGCCGAAGCCGAAGAGCGAUGA